AUAGAUGGAUAGAUAGAUAAUUUGUUGUUGUUGAGACAGGAUCUCACUCUGUCACCCAGGUGGGGGUGUAAUAGCACAAUCACAGCUCCCUACAGCCUUGACCUCCUGAGCUCAAGCAGUCCUUCCACCUCAGCCUCUGGAGUAGCUGGGACUACAGGCAUGCACCACACAUACCCAGCUAAUUUUUGUAGAGACAGGGCCUCCCUGUGUUGCCCAGGCUGAUGAACUGUAAUUUUUAACACACACAUACACACACACACACACACACACACACACACUGUGUAGGGAAUGUGAAAGACUAUCACAGAGUAGAAGAAAAAGUUAUUUUCAGGGUUAGCAGGUGGGUUGUCCCAGUCACACUAGAAUCUGUGGACUGAAGCCACAUUUGCCAGCUCCAGGCUUCUAACACAUUUGAAACUGUACGUAGAACAGCUAGCCCAAUGCCUGGCAUAUGGUAAGCACACAGUAAAUUAGUGCCUUCCUCUUCUCCAUGGUUCCUUAAAACUGGUAAAGCUAAAUUCUCUCAGUAUCAUGGAUAUAAUUUGUCCCAGCAGCUUUAAUUCAUUUAAAGCAGUUAGAUGUUGUUUUAUAAUAUCUUCAGUUUUCUCUCACCAGUGUGUUUUCUAAUUGUGUAAACACUUGAGUGUCAAUCGUCAGCCACCAUACUAAACACAACAUACAAAGAUAGAUAAAUAAGACACCAUCUCUGCCCUCAAGCCAGUCACCAUCAUUUACUAAGCACCUGUUUUGUGCUAAGUACUGGGGUAAGACUUGGGGAUAUAAAGAUUAAUAAAUUUUGAGCAUACAGUCUAGUAGGAGGAGACAAAUAAGUACAUAAGUACCAGGAAGUAUUAGGGGUGCUACAGUAGAAGAGUAAACACUAUGCACAGAGAGGCCAGAAAGGGAAAAGGGUCAGGCAGGGAAGGGAACACAGAGAAAGUGACAAUGUAUAGUUUGAAAGAUGAGGAUGCUUUAUUUGCAAACUAUCUUAACAAGGGAUUAAUAAACAAUAUACAAGGAGCUCAAACAAUAGCAAAAAGAACAAUCCAACUUAAAAAUGGUCAAAAGAUCUGAAUAGGUAGUUUUCGAAAGAAGAUAUACAAAUGGCCAACAGAUACAUUAAAAAAUGUUCAACAUCACUAAUCAGAGAAAUGGAAAUCAAAAUCAAUGAGAUACCAUCUCACCCCAAUUAAUUACUUUUAUCAAGAAGAAAGAAUGAAUGCUAGUGAGGAUGUGGAAAAAGGAGAGCCCUGCCUAGUACACUGUUGGGAAUGUAAAUUGGUACAGCCACUGUGGAAGACUACAGAGGUUCCUCAAAAAACUAAAAAUAGAACUAUGCUCCAGCAAUUCCACUACUGGGUGUGUGUAUGUAUGUAUAUAUAUAUAUAUAGUCCAAAAGGAAAGAAUAUAUCAAAAAGAUACCUGCACUCCCAUGUUUAUUGCAGCAGUAUUCACGAUAGCCAAAACAUGGAAUCAACCUAAGUGCCCAUCAAUAGAUGAAAGGCUAAAGAAAAUGUAUAUAUUAUUCAGUCAUAAGAAUGAAUGAAAUCCUGUCAUUGGCAGCAACAUGGAUGGAAUUGGAGGUCAUUAUGUUAAGUAAAAUAAGCCAAGCACAGAAACAAAUACUGCAUGUUCUGUCUCACAUAGGGGCUGAAAAAGUGGAUCUCAAGAAAAUAAAUAGAUUGGUAGUUACCAGAAGCUAGGAAGGAUGGGGAGGAUGAAGAGAAGUUGAUUAGUGGACACAGAUAACACAGUUUGAAGAAAUAAGACUGGCGUUGGAUAGAUAGGGUGGCAUAGUUACUAAUUUACUGUACAUUUUGAAACAGCUAGAAGAUGAUAAUUUUGAUGGUGCCUCAAUCCUGUAAUGCCAACACACUGGGAGGAUCAGUUGAAGCCAUGAGUUCAAGCACAGCCUGGGCAACAGAGAUUUCAUCUUUACAAAAAAAUUUAAAACUUAGCCAGGUGUGGUAGUGCACACCUGUAAUCCCAGCUACUCAGGAGGCUGAGGCAGGAGAAUCGCUUGAACCAGGGAGGUGGAGGUUGCAGUGAGCUGAGAUGGCGCCACUGCACUCCAGACUGGGUGACAGAGCGAGACUCCGUCUCAAAAAAAAAAAAAAAAAAGGCUGCGCGUGGUGGUGGGCGCCCUGUAAUCCCAGCUACUUCGGAAGCUAAAGCAUAAGAAUCUCUUCAACCUGGGAGAUGGAGGUGCAGUGAGCUGGGAUCACGCCAGUGCACUCCAGUCUGGGCUGUAGAGCAAGACUCUCAAAACAUCACUCUGGCAGCACUGUAGAGAAUGAACUGAUAGGGGCAAGACUAUUUGGAGACUUGCAAUAAUAUUUCAGGCAAAAUAUGAGGAAGGCUUAAACUAGGGCAAUGCAUGAAGGCUGGAGAGAACAUGGGUUUGAGGAAGUUUAAGGAGAUAGCAUCUGCAUACUUGGUUGCCAUAUGAGUGAAGUGAAAGGAGAAAUGGUAUCGAAAAUGUUAUUUGGUGUGUUUCGCUUGGAGAUAAUUAAUUCGAAGUGACGUCUGCUGUAACAGGUGUGCACAGUGCUGUAGAGGAUGCGUAUAGUUCAGCUUAGGGCUGGUUGGAAGUAACAUGUGAGUCCUGAAGUCAUUCGGUCUGGGGGUCAUUGUCCUAAACAGAGAAGAUAGGAAGGAAUAGGAGCUGAGCAUUUAGAGGUAUUCUUCUUUGUGGUUUAAUAUUAUACCCAUGGGUCAUCCUCAAAAGAUGUGCCCUUACUUCCCCGGGGACUUUUGGAAACCCCGCUACCUUCCGACCCCGCGGAACGCUCCGAGGGGAAGCGUCGCUAGGCCACCAGAGGGCGCCAGGCGGGCCGCAGCGACUCCAGCGUCGCGUUAUGGCCGCGGUGCGGGUGCAGCUGCUCCUGUCCGGGCGUCCGGAGUCGGUGAGCUUCGCACGGAGUGUGUGUGGCCUCCUGGGAGCCGGGCCAGGGCUCGGGCCGUGGCCCAUUCACUGCCGCUUGAAGCGAGGACGGCUUGUCCUCUCGAGCAGGCUUCCAGGCGCCUCCGCUAGGCUUCCGCUCCAGCGACCCCCUUUCUGCCCUUUUGCGGCCCUGGAGGAGCGGCCCAGGGUCCCUGGGGCUGAGCUGCCCACAGAUCGAGGUGUGGACCAGGGUGUGGCCGUCAUUCUGCAGUCCAGCGACAAGACCGUCUUGCUAACCAGAAGGGCACGCACCCUCAGCGUUUCCCCCAACCUCUGGGUACCCCCGGGUGGGCACGUGGAACUUGAGGAGCUGCUGGACGGAGGGCUUCGAGAACUUUGGGAGCAGAGUGGACUACACCUGCCCCAGGACCAGUUCUCUUGGGUUCCUCUGGGUUUAUGGGAGUCUGCCUACCCUCCUAGGCUGAGCUGGGGUUUACCCAAAUACCAUCACAUUGUUCUGUAUCUACUCGUGAUCUCCCAGGAAUCACAGCAGCAGUUGCAGGCCCGGAUCCAACCAAACCCAAGUGAGGUGAGCGCCCUUAUGUGGCUGACACCAGAUGUAGCUGCUGCAGUGGCUGCCACAGAGGUUGGGACAGAGACACCCAGACUUCUCCCCCAGGACCUACCACCCUCUGUCCUUGCAGUGGAACUAGAGGAGGAUGGAAGAGCCCGACCUCUGGUCCUGCCCAUGUCCACCCUCCUGCGGAUGAUCCCAACCAUGGCAGAGGGCACAGAGAGAGUCAGCACUGGAACCAAGUUUGCCCUCAAGCUCUGGCUGCAACAUCUGGGCAGAACACCCCCACCGUGUAAAAGUGCAGCUCACCUGGACCCAGGGCCAGAAGAAUGGAACGUGGACCCUCUUCCCCCAAACCAGGGGUCUGGAAAGUGAAGUGUAAAAUCCCCUCCCUAGCCCAUCUCCAUGACACUCACAGAACAUUCACAAUCUUUAU